CCCUCCCUCGUGUUUGGUCUCACUCUGUCUCUCGAAAAUAAAUAAACAUUAAAAAAUUUUUUAAUUAAAAUUGUUAACUUGCCUCCUGAAAGGACAUACGUGUGUCCGAUGAUGAAUAGCUUUGCAUCCGAUCUGGAGAGAGCUCAGGCAGCGGCCACUCAGAUUCGCACGGAGCCCCCAGGGCCCCAGCCUGGGCGAAGGGGCCCAGACCACCAGCACCUAUAGGGCGAGGGCAGAUGGGGCGCAGCAGGAACCGCGUUCCCGGGACCCCUGGCCGCCCCAGUAACAGCAGCGCCUCCUGCUGGCCGAUUCUGCAGAACAAGGGCACCUGGAGACUUUGAUCCCAGCCUGAGCCCAGCCGGGUCUUCCCACAGGGGCAGGGUUUACAGGCAGUGGCUUCCCCGCCCUCACCUAUCACAGGUGUCACUCACCUUGGGGCAGGCGACCCUGGGCCAGGAGCCGGCACAGAACUAACACCAGCGUCUGCCGCUAAAGGGGACGAGUGGGAUCUGUUUAGGGAACAGUGAUCAUUCAAUCCCUCCGCAGGAGGGGGCCACAGGGGACCUGGGCAUGCGCCCCAUCCCCCGACCCCGGUCCCCGAGGUGCCUUUCUGGGCUGGGGGUGCUCGGCGGGCUCUGCGCUCUCUCUCCCUCCAGCUCCUGCAGGAACCUGCGCAGUGAUCCUCCUCCUGGCUUUCGUGUUGUCGUGGGCUUUUACGAGACAUCUCUUCUGGUCCCUGGAAAGGAGGGGGCCGUGCUGGCUGGGGCCGAGGGGAGCUGUGAGGUGGUCCCUGGGGGAGGAGAGGCAGCUGGAGGCCGGGGAGGGGAGGGCGGGCCCGCCUGACACUGUUUAUUUGCAUUCCAAUCUACCUGCACAGCUAUUUAUGAGCCUGGACCUUGUCCCGGCCCAGCCAGUGGCUGGAUUUCUGGCCCCGCUCGGCUUCCACUCAUUUCCCAGCCAGGAGUUAGCAAGGUGCCCGGUCCCCAGAAAACCUGAAUCCGGGUGAGUCUGGGCUGUCACGUUCCCCACCCGUGGCCAGGUGGCUGGGGAGGGCCCCACAGGUGGCGGUGACACCUGGCUGGUGCACAGGCGCUCCGAAGCUCAGCCCCUCCCCGCCGGCUGCGCCCCUGACCAGUCCUUCCCCGCAGGAGGCCGUGGAGGGGGCCGGGUCCUCCUGAGAGCCUGGUGCAGCCACCAGAGCCCCUAAGACGGCGGGAUGACCACGGAACCCAGGGACGUCCUGGUGCAGCUGCCCACGCGGGAGCAGCUGCGGCUGGUUGUGGGGCUCCUGGGGUGGCCCCGGCUUCCAUAGAAAUCUCCGAGGCCCCGACUGGCCUGAGUCUUCAGGGCGAUGACGCUCCUGUGCCCUUCCUCCUCGAAGUCCACACCCUCCCCCAGGGACGCCUGCUGCUCUGCGAGGCCGCUGUCCACCUGCCCCCGGGGAGUCCCGGGGAGGCGCCGCGGGGCUGCCUGCCUCCCCUCUGAGUGCCAGCCCCCCCAGGCCGCGCCUCGCCUCUACCCACCCCCUACUCGGGCCCCUUCCCCGAGGAAGGCUGGUUACACAACCCGUCGGUUCAGCAAUUUGUUCCCAACGCCCACGCGCGGCUGGUAGCACUUGUGGACAGUGUGGCCCGCGGAGGCCCCGAACCCUGACCUGGUGCCACCCGCCAGCCGGGGGCGCCCCGAGACCACGGGACUUCCGUCUCAAAUGCAAAGACGCGCUGGGGCAUCUCUGGGGGCUGCCAUCAAGCAAAGGCGCGAGUUCAGAAGUGCUUGUUACAGAGCUGGUGGCUCUUCCACAGACCCCAUCAGAGGGUCCAGUCGUUUAAGAGCCAGACAGAUAACCAGGAGGCUACCUCCUUCCGGAGGACCCACACGGCCCUGUGCAGUCAUGGCCCCCUCACCAAGCUGUCCCUGCCCGGGCCACCGGUCACCCCAGGGAGGGCGGUCCCCAGGGGGUGGUUUUCGUGGCGUCCCGCGGUCACAGAAGUGUCAGCCACCGUCUGGUCUCCCCGCAGACUGAGUCCUGCUCUGCCCUCCCUCCCUGGCGAGGCCCCGUCCCUCAGUGGGAGAAUCAGGAGGUCAGGGUCCGGAUUCCAUGGGGCUUCUCCAGGCGAGAAGAGGCGGGGCGGGCCAGGGGUGCCGGUCUCCGUCGCUGCGCAUCAGCCGUUGGGGCCGUGGGGACAGUCGUGGAGCAAACAUGAGUGGGGGCCCGCUGGGCGGACAGAGGGGUGGGCCCGUCGUGGUGCCACGCUGGCGCCUUGGAGCCUCCCGGGCUCUGAUGCGAACUGCUCUCUCGGCCCUUGCUGGUGGGUCGUUAGCAGGACAGGUCAGGUCCGGUUGGGGAAUGGUAGUCCUCUCCAGUUUUUACCAACUAGGUGAAAAGUGAGAUGAUAAGUUCUCCUAGUCGAGGCGGCCUCUGGUGUCCAGAUUACUGUCACCCUCUGCCCUCAGCUGCCUCCACCCCUCCCCGUUCUGUACUAGAAGCCCCCACGCGGAGCACCCGCGGGGGGCUUACGCACACCGUCCCACUUAACCCUUGAGCGGAGGGUCCCUGGUGGAUACAGCCAGCAUGUCCUUCCUGGGGACACCGAGGGACAUCGGAGCAGGAACCUCCGUCCCCUUUGUCCGUCCCCUUUCGCGUUCCGGGUGGGUUGAGAGGGGCAGGAAAACCCCUGGAAAGUUAGCCAGCCCCGGAGAGGGGGUUUGCGUUUUCAGGGGAAGUGUGUCCAUGAAAAUGUGGCACCAGCACCAGGUGGGACUGGCUGGCGGAGAGGGGCUGUACCUCCGAGGACUGGUCGGGGUCGGGGGUGGCGGGGGGAGGGGGGUGGAAUGCUCUUACAGGCAGGACGGCUGCCUGGCUGGCUGGCGAUGGCGUAGUUCAAGUCCCCCGGGAAUUACCUGCUCAGGGACACGCUUCCGUGUUUAAGUCAAUGCCAAUUGGCGUUAACGACAGACUCUCUCUAAGCCUCGGUUUACCCGUCUGGUGGGGAGAAGCUGGAGCCGAUCAGAAGGUCUUCCGGGGGUCCCUGCCUCCUUCGAGACGCCUCAGGCCCCAGGAGGGGCAGCAGGAGGACUUGGGUGGGGAGAGGCGGGUGGGGCGGGCCUGGGCUGUGGCCCCGACACAGGGAGCCCGGACCGCGGCUUUCGCCUGUUUCCUUGGCUUCGCUGUAGGGUUUUAGCAGGAGGAGGAGCGAGCGAAGAGCGAAACCCGCCGGCUGAGGUCUCAAGUCAGCCGGUGACGGGGUGACCGAGGCCGUCCGCGCAGCUUGGCACCCACACCCCGCCAGCUUACUUUCAGGGUGUGCCCACCGCGUGAGCCGUGGGGGCGGCCCCGUGUGUGGCCCCCACCUGUCUGAACAUCCAGGUGGUAGAAAGUUACGGCCGCGUUACCGCCACGGCAGAGCUCAGUCCACAUCUGCCACACGAAGCGGAUGGGGACGAAACCAGCGGCACGGCAACUCGCCGCUAAAAAGUAGAGACUCGUCAUCUGACUUGAGACGGUGUAGAGACACUUCCGGAAACCACAGAGGCUGCGCGAGCCCAGGGGCACCGCUUUCCUGGCAGACGCAAUGCUGGCAAGAACCCGCGGGCGCCGUGCUGCGCACACGGGCCCGGCCCGCACCGUCCGUACGAGGACGCGUCCUCUCCCUCCGAGGGCCGUGAGCCUGGGCUGCCCGCCUCGAACCAGGAUUUUCCACCCAGAGGACAGCAGAGACGCGGCUUGGCCACGAGGGCACGUGGAGCGUGUGGCGCCUCCCUCCAGCCCGGGAAGCGCGGGGGACAGAGGAGCGGCCGGAAGCCGAGACGCGAGGGGGGCCCGGGCCCCGGGCAGCGCCGUCAGCUGCUCCAGCACCGGCCCUUUCCGGGGUCCAGGGUCCAAUCAACAGAGUGGAAAGAAGUUGCAAAUACGAACUUGCUGGAUGUCUGAUGUUAAGACGGCUCCGUUUCCAGGUGAAACGAAGUGUCAUUUGGAUAACCCGACUUGGACAACAGAUGUUACCGGAGAGAGGCGGCCCUUACCUGCGUAGACAGAAGAAGGCUCCCUGUGCGGGCCACCUGUCGUGAGCUCUUCCAGCGGGUGUGUGAUGUGACCAGCAUCAAAGAAGCCCACUUCUUUGGCCUCAGCGUGGUCAGAGACAACGAGUUCAUGUUCAUGGAUUUGGAGCAGAAGGUCAGCAAGUACUUCCCCAAGGACUGGAAGCGGCAAGUGCACAAAGGUGGGAGGCCCCGUGCGCCCUUCGUGAGCUUCCUCAGGGUGCAGUACUACGUGGAGGACGGCAGGGUCAUAAGGGCCAGAUCUGGCCUCUUACCAAGGCCACCCACGCCUUCCAGCGACAAGACGGCCAGGCACCUGUACUACUGCCACCUGAAGGAGCGUGUGCUGAGGUCCGAGUGCACCCACCGCGAGGAGGCCUACUUCCUGCUGGCCGCCUACGGGCUGCAGGCCGACCUGGGCAACCACCGGGAGCUGGUCCACGUGGGGAGGUACUUCGAACCGGAAGCCUACUUUCCGCAGUGGAUCAUUGCCAAGAGGGGCAGCGCCUACAUCCUCAGGCACGCGCCCGCCGUGCACCGUGAGCAGCGGGGCCUCGACCCCAAGGAGGCAGUGCUGCGCUUCAUCAGGGAGGCCUGCCGGCUCGAGGACGUGCCCGUCCACUUCUUCAGGCUGUACAAGGUCGACAGGGAUAAGAAGGAGGACAGGCCUACCAUCGUCCUGGGACUGACCCUCAAGGGAAUGCAAGUCUAUCAGGAGGCGGACCACGCUCCCAAGCUGCUCUAUGACUUCCCCUGGUCCCACAUCGGGAAGCUGGUGUUUCUGGGGAAAAGGCUGGAGAUCCAGCCGGACGGGCCGCCGUCGGCGCGGAAGCUGGUGUAUUACACGGGCUGCGCCUCGCGCUCCGGCCACCUGCUGCGGCUGUUCAGCGCCACCCACCUGCUGCGGCUCACGCUGCGACCCACCCUGCGGAGGCUGAAGCAGCUGGAGGAGGCGGAAGAGAAGCAGCACUAUCGGGAGUCCUACGUCAGCGACACGCUGGACCUGGACCAAGACCUGGGUGACAAGGGCUCCCCGGGCUCCCCCCGCAGCGGGCGUGGUGGCCGGCAGCUCCCGGAGCACCCGUCCCUCGGCUCAGCUGACAGCGGCAGUAGCCCCCGCUUGCGAGGCAUCGAGGCAGAUGCUGGGCCCGCGGAGCCCUGGGGGGUGUCGGUGGACGAGCCCUGGGGCACCGAGGCCGUGCGUGGGGAGGCGCCACCCUGCAGCCCCAGCACCAGCCAGAGGAGCCACGGCACAGACGGUGGCCACGGAGGCGGGCGCGAGGGGGAGGCCCAGGACCGGGGAGACGGUGAGUGUGUGCCCGGCCAGCCCCCAGCAGGGCCAGUGUUGUGGGGCUGGAGUGACAGGCACUGACCCCCCAGCGGGGCCGGGUGCACGGGCCCAUGGCUCCCAUGUGGCCCCUCAGUUCCCCAGUGUGGCCUGACCCCCCAGCACCACGAGGCGGCCUUAGGGCCUGGGGUCAGAGACCGCGUGAUGGGGUCCUCCCUGCGGUGUGCUGUGGAGUGGGGGUCCUUCAGCCGCCUCUGCAGCGGGUCACGAGGGGCCCUCAGGACUUUCAGGGAGCCUGACCUGACCGGUGCCCCUCGUCCGUCGUCCGGCCAUCAGGGAGUGUUUCAGCCACGUUCCUCUCUAGCUUCACAAGACGAGAGGUUUCCAGGAGAUCUAGGACCCGGGGUCCCCAGGGAUGCCUCUGUGGCGUCCAGGGGUGUGGAGCCCUGCCUUGUCACCCCGGGAAGGUCCCAUUGGCUCCACUGUCCCCUGACCGUCUGCAGCACUCUGGGCGGUGGACGUGAUGGGCAAUUGUGGGGACCAGCUGCAGGUCCCAGCCACCCACGACCACCCAGCGUCCCCUGGAGUCACCUGUGGACACCUAGCGUCUGGUUUGCUGUCUGUGUUUGUGUCCAGGCUUGCGGUCUGCAGCCCAGUGUGAACAAUACUGCUGAUCCGCGGUUUGCCCCGUAAGGGCCUGUUGUGCCUGGACAAAUGCCACUGAGGAAGGAUGGGCGGAGCAAGCCCGUGGGUGGGGAGGGCUGGGACCCUUCCCCGGUUUCCCUGUCCCUCAGCCAAGGACCCCCUGAGCGAGGAGGUCCACGGACAGCCUCCCACAUUCAAGGGGGUUCAGACACCUCAGUAGGGAACACGCGUGACCAGGUGUGUGACUGCAGAAAACCUCUUCACUACGCUGCUGCAGAUCAAGGCCACUGGAUGACGGGGUGCAGGAAAGCUCCGGGUCUAAAGUCAGAGCGAGGGCCCCCAGAGGAGGAGUCAGAGUGAGGGUCCCCCCAAGGGAGGAGUCAGAGUCAGGGGCCCCCAGGGGAGGAGUCAGAGUCAGAGCCCCCCCAGGGGAGGAGUCAGAGUGAGGGUCCCCCCCAAGGGAGGAAUCAGAGUCAGGGGCCCCCAGGGGAGGAGUCAGAGUCAGAGCCCCCCCAGGGGAGGAGUCAGAGUGAGGGU